CAGGCGGCCAUCGACGGCACCCAGUUCCCGCAGCUGCCCGCAGCCACCAAGCUGGGCUUCCUCGAGAGCCCCAGCCAGGCGCUGCGGCGCAGCCCCUGGGAAAGUGCUGCUGCCGGCGGACUCAGGUCACGCCGGCUCGCCCGUCAGCGAAGCGUCGCGGGCCCCCUCCUCUUAUGCUGCUGUUGCUUUGGCCAGGCUGGCGGCGUCUGCGCUCCUAGGCGAGACGGAAGUCUGCAUCUCCCGCCGCCGAUGCUGGUCCCGCUGCCUUUCCCGUCGCAGCUGAGCUGCUCAGGAAGCCGCCGCCGCCGCCGCCGCCGGAGCGCGUGGAGAGAUCGCCCACCUGGGUGUGCUCGGAUCCCUCCUCAAAACCGACAAUUUCCAUAGCCUUUGGCUUUGAGCCCAUUGCCCUCAUCCACAGCUGAAAUGAACCAUGAAAAGGAUAUCCAGCCUUGCAAAAAAGAGGAACUUCAAUGCUUGUUGAACUGCCUUCGUUGCCACUUCAAGAAGGACUGUGGCAAAGACCAUGUGUCCAUCAAGAUAACCUGCUCAACAAUUCAUCUGAACCAGACCAUCCCCAUCACUGAGUUUACCCACUUCACAGAAGCCAAGGCCGACACUAGCAUGUCAGAUUCUUCUGUGCUGGUGGCUGGUGUAGUGAUUGGAGUGGUGCUCUUCCUCUCCUGCAUGGCCAUCAUCAUUGGCAGCCUGCGAAAGAAUGGAUGUUUUCCACAUCUGCAACUGAGGAGGGAUGUCAGUUACACUCCAGAAUGCCUCUAUGGCGGCUCAGUUGGAGAACUAAGAUCCAGCUGCAUUGAGGAGUUCCCCCCAGCCUUCUACUUCAGCUCUUACUUGGAGACACAGGUCAACAUCACCCAUCCUGACUCACCUCCUGAGUAUGAUGAGUGUGUGGGGCCGGGAGCCAUCCAAAUCUGCGUUCCCACAGAUGACCCUCCGCCUUACUCUUUGAUAGAUCCUUGUCGAUGGAAUGACUCAGCUAUAAACAUUCCCUGGGAAGAAGAGCUGUCUCCUGGGACUACAACAGAAAGGGAUGCUGGGUAUUUGGUUGGACUGCAAGGCCAGCCCAUCCCUUCCAUUUCCUUGUCAUCGUCAUUCCCAAUGGAGGCCGCCCCUCCAUACGAAACUGUUGUGUGUGAACAGAACCUCCCCAUUCCACUAGUCCCUCUGGAUGUACUGAAAAACUCUACAGAUUGCUAUCAGACUUUUUUCGACAGAAUAAUGUAAAGUGAAACAAUUCCUGACCUAUGCUUCUGAAGGAAACCUUCACGACGAAGAAAGGGCAGUAAAGUGGAAUGAUCAUCACAGUGGAGGCUGGUGGCUCCAUGUCACUGGGGUAGUGGAAU